AUGGUGGAUCACUUGCUGCCUACUGAUGAAUCCUUUUCAUCUACAAGAUCUUCUCUUGGAUACUUUGGGGACAUGACAGCAGGGGUGAGGUCCUACCAAAUGCUGCCCUCUCCCCUGUCAGAAGAUGAUAGCGACUCGUCCAGCUUUUGUUCUUGUUCCAGCCCUGACUCCCAGGUUCUCAGCUCCAGCUAUGGAAGCACGUCCAGUGCGGAAAGUCAGGACAGUAUCUUAGACUACUUAUUGUCCCAGGCAUCUUUGGGGAACACCGCUGCAUCAUGGUGGGACAAAAGGAGACUUCAGCCGAUAGUGAAAGAGGAGUACUUUAGGUUGCCUGAAUUUGCUGUGGAUAUGGAAGACUCAGGACCAUUUCAGCCCACGCUUGAGGAAAUUGAGGAAUUUCUGGAGGAGAACAUGGAGCUGGAGCUCAAAGAAAGACCUAAAAGUGAGACCAAGGACUUGAGAGCUUGCAGUCAAGUUUCUGUUGCUUCGCUACAGCAAAAAGACCAUAUGUUACCCAGCACUAGUUUAAAAGAGAGUAAAAAUGAACAGUUGAGCAGCUCAACGGAAGGUGGCCAAGCUUCAAAUGGAGGAAUGUCCUUGGAGAAUGGGAUACCGGUUAUGCUCCAAAUUCAGCCUGUACAGAUCAAACAGGAGUCCAACACGAGCCCCAGUUCCCAAGGACCAGCACAAGAGAACAUUAAAAUUGCACAGCUCCUAGUCAACAUCCAAGGACAGACAUUUGCCCUUGUGCCUCAGAUAGUUCAGUCAUCCAAUUUGAACUUGUCCUCUAAAUUUGUCCGCAUUGCUCCCGUCCCCAUCGCCGCCAAGCCAAUUGGGCCAGGAGGCAUGAUCCAGGGUCAGACUGGAAUCAUCAUGGGUCAGAAAUUUCAAAAGAACCCUGCAGCAGAACUCAUUAAAAUGCACAAAUGUUCUUUUCCUGGUUGUACCAAGAUGUACACGAAAAGCAGCCAUUUGAAAGCCCACCUGAGGAGGCAUACAGGAGAAAAGCCUUUUGCAUGCACGUGGCCGGGUUGUGGAUGGAGGUUCUCCAGGUCAGAUGAGCUAUCCCGGCACAGGCGUUCCCACUCGGGGGUGAAACCCUAUCAGUGUCCCGUCUGCGAGAAGAAGUUUGCUCGAAGUGACCACUUGUCCAAACACGUCAAGGUGCAUCGGUUCCCACGAAGCAACCGCUCCGUCCGCUCUGUGAACUGA